CUCUUUCCCUCCUCUUUCUCCAACCUUUGACAGCUAAAGUUGUCCCCGGUGUGAAAAAGGACUCUUUCUGCUCCAACACACAUACGCGGCGCAACUCCUGUCCGUGUCCUGGCUGCUGAAUACGGGGUCCUUGAGGUGUCAGGGCAAGUAAGGAUCUUCUGACCUGGGGGAACAAAAUAAAAGACAUUACAAAAUUUAAUUACAAAAAUUAAGAAGGGGAAAAAGAAGAAGAACAUAACCCAAAGAAGAAUUUCCUCAGCAAAGUGUAUUACUGGGACUCUGCACUACGUUGUUUCAGGUGAACUAUGACCACUUUGCUCCUACUGUUCGCUUGUUUGCGAGUCAUCGCAGCGACAAUCUCCAUCGAGCUGUCAGACCCAGCUAGUGCACUGAGUGUGAGCAUCCCGGGGCAGUCUCCACUGCGCCCUCUGCUGGGCAGCUCGCUGGUCGUGCCCUGCUACUUCCUGGACAGCACACCCCAUGACCCCACCGCUGCCCCCCUCACCCCCCGGAUCAAAUGGAGCCGGAUCUCCAAGGAAGGCGAGUCUGUCAUCCUGGUGGCCACAGAGGGGAAGGUUCGAGUCACUGCCGAGUACAUGGACAGGGUGACCAUGGUCAGCUACCCCCUGGUGCCCACCGACGCCACUCUGGAGAUCAGCGAGCUGCGUACCAGCGACUCGGGUAUCUACCGCUGUGAGGUGAUGCAUGGCCUAGAGGACAGCGAGGACACCGUCGACAUCCAGGUCAAAGGCAUUGUAUUCCACUACAGAGCUAUCUCAACUCGCUACACCCUGACCUUCGAGAAGGCCAAAAGUGCCUGCAUACAGAACAGUGCCACCAUCGCCACUCGUGAGCAGCUGCAGGCAGCGUACGAUGAUGGGUUUCAUCAGUGUGAUGCUGGUUGGCUCUCAGAUCAGACAGUCAGGUAUCCAAUUCAUAGUCCACGAGAGGGUUGCUACGGUGACAAGGAUGAGUUCCCUGGUGUCCGAACGUAUGGAAUUCGGGAAACUAACGAGACGUAUGAUGUGUACUGCUUCGCAGAGGAGAUGUCAGGCAAGGUCUUUUACUCCACCUCCCCAGCUAAAUUCUCAUUUUCGGAAGCGGAGGAGCAGUGCAUUAAGCUGGGCGCCCAACUAGCCACCACUGGGCAGCUCUACCUGGCCUGGCAGACGGGCAUGGACAUGUGCAGCGCGGGCUGGCUGGCUGACCAAAGUGUCCGCUACCCCAUCUCUAUAGCCAGGCCAAACUGCGGUGGUAACCUGGUGGGUGUCCGAACCGUCUAUCGCUACCUGAACCAGACUGGCUAUCCCUACCCAGACUCCCGCUAUGAAGCCAUCUGCUACCGAGAUGAGCCAGUGGAAGCUGUCACCGCGGCGACAGACGGAUACCAGGCCACGGAAGCAGAGGAAGUGACCACAGAGAUCGGCAGUGGUCUGCUGACGGUUGAGACCUUCACUGAGGGCCCGGAGCUCUUCGUCACCAAGCUGACCUCGACGGGGGAGCUCCAAGGAGAGGUGGUCACACUGGAGCCUGUCGACCUGACUGGCACUCCCGCGGUGGAGCCCUUCAGUGCAACUGAGGUCAUCGAGGGAUUCCCCCCCUCUGUCACCAUGGACUUCGUGUUUCCAGGAGACAACGUCACGGAUCUUCCCUUGUCUCCACCCCCUGGCAUCACCGAAGAGGUCCUGACCCCGGAGGAGGUUACGGCAGAACUCACCGGCACCCCAGGGUUCCUGGUGGAGGAGCUGAUCAGUGUGGUCACUGCUGCCCCUGAAAUCGGCUUUCCUUUGGUAACAGAAGGAGCUGAAAAUGCCACAGACGUGCAGGAGGAAGGCAGCACCCUGACCACGGAGCUGCCACCCACUGCCCUCCCCCCUACAGGUUUGGUGUUCCACUACAGGGCAGCGUCCAGCCGCUACUCCCUCACCUUUGCCCAGGCUCAGCAGGCAUGUCUGGAAAACAGUGCCGUCAUCGCCAGUCCGGAGCACCUCCAGGCCGCUUACGAGAGUGGCUUCAACCAGUGCGAUGCAGGCUGGCUCUCCGACCAGUCUGUCAGGUAUCCAAUCGUCACUCCACGAGACAACUGCUACGGUAAUAUGGAUGGGUUCCCUGGUGUGAGGAACUAUGGUGUGCGUCCGGCCAGCGAGCAAUACGACGUGUACUGUUACAUCGACAAGCUCAGGGGUGAGGUUUUCCACGCAAGCUCAGUCGAGCGCUUCACGCUUGAAGAAGCCUUGUCAUAUUGCCUUGACCGGAACGCGACCCUCGCCACCAGUGGAGAGUUGCACGCCGCAUGGAAGCAGGGUCUAGACAAGUGUCGCGCAGGUUGGCUGCUUGACGGCAGCGUGCGGUAUCCCAUCACCACCCCUAGGCCCUUCUGUGGUGGGGGGAAAACCGGCGUUAUCACCGUCUACCGGUUCCCCAACCAAACAGGCCACCCUGAGUCACACUCCAAAUAUGACGCCUACUGCUUCCGAGCUGCUGAGGAGGAAGCUGUAACUGCAUUGCCAGAGUUGGAGAAGGUGACCAGACUGAUCCUUGAGGUGGAGCCACCAGUCACCCCCACAGGGCUCUGGGAGUACCCUGUCACUGGCACGCCCCCUUACGAAGACGAGCUAUUCACAGGCACAGAGGACAUGUUGCAGACAGUGAACGUUACGGCCGUUCCCUUGAUCACUGUCCCACCCGAGGACAUCAGCGGCUCUGCGUACAGUGGGCUGCCAUCCGGAGAAAGCGACAUUUCUUCAGGAGAUGAAUCAGGAGUCAUGUCUGGGGACAUCUCAGGAGACGCCAGCAGCAGUGGAAUUCCAGAUGUGAGUGGGGAGGCCUCUGGAUUUGCAGUCACCAGUGGAUUGACCUCUGGGACCAGCAGCGAGGGGUCAGCUAUAGAUGUGACCUUGAUUUACUCUGAACAAUUUCAAUCUGGCCAGGGAUCUGGUGUCUUCCAGGAAGCUGGAGGGGAGAUUUCAGGAGAAACGUCUGGAUUCCCAGAUAUCAGCGGGCAGGAAUCAGGAGACUUAAGUGGGUUCUCUUCCGGGUUCACUUCGGGGUUCCCUAGUGGAGACUUUUCUGGCAUCAGCGGACUCUCAUCAGGGAUUCCAGACAUCAGCGGCUCUGGAUCCGGAGUGACAUUCAUUGAAGGAGGCUUUAUUCAGGUGAUACCCACGCCACAGGUCGAGGAAGAAGCAGGAGCGGGAAGCCUGGAAGAAAGGGGCAUUUCAUCCGGUGAUGCAAGUGCAGAAUACAGUGGUCUGCCCUCUGGAAUUCAUGAUGCCAGUGCGGACUAUUCUGGGUUCCCUUCUGGGUUUCCAGACAUGAGUGGGGACAUUUCUGGAACCAGUGGACUUCCUUCUGGCUUUUCAGGUACCAGUGGUUAUUCAUCAGGGAUCAUCAUUUUGGAUGGAGAUUGGAUUGAGAUGGAGACCAAGAUUCCAAAGACCGAGGCUGAAGCAGGACAAGAGGUGGAGGCCAGCGGUUUGCCUUCUGGAGACUUUUGUGGAAUUUCUGGAAUAAGUGGACUUCCCUUGGACACAAGUGGAGACAUGUCAGGUUUCCUGGAUUUAAGUGGUGAGGGUUCAGGAAUACCAGAAAUGAGUGGACUUUCAUCUGGAAUCCUGGAUUUUAGUGGUUUCACUUCCGCAAUUACAGAUAUUAGUGGACUUUCUUCUGGAUUCCCUGAAAUUACUAUGGUAGAUCCCGGAUUGGUGGAAUUAGUUCCCACAACUACCAGCUUGGAGCAGGAGCUGGGUGGUGGGCCAUCUGUGCUUCUGGAAUUCAGUGGUCUGUCAUCCGGGGAUGUUUCAGGAGACUUUUCCGGAUUACCCUCUGGUGUAAGCGGGGAUGUAUCUGGAAAGGUGAGUGGACUUUAUUCAGGGGAUCUGGACUUCAGCGGCUUACCCAGUGGAUUCCCCUCCGGAAUACCAGACAUCAGCGGAUUUGAAUCUGGAUUCCCAGAUGUGACCCUUGUAGACUCCAGCCUUGUCAAAGUGACAGAAAAAACAGACGUUGAGCAAGAACUGGGAGAGGGUCCUUCUGGAUUUCUGGAUUUCGGAUCCGGAGAGCCAAGCGGAUCCUCUGGACUUCCAGAUAUCAGUGAAGCAUCAGGAAUCCCAGAUAUCAGUGAAGCAUCGGGAAUCCCAGAUAUCAGUGGAGCAUCGGGAAUCCCAGAUAUCAGUGGAGCAUCGGGAAUCCCAGAUAUCAGUGAAGCAUCGGGAAUCCCAGAUAUCAGUGGAGCAUCGGGAAUCCCAGAUAUCAGUGGAGCAUCGGGAAUCCCAGAUAUCAGUGAAGCAUCGGGAAUCCCAGAUAUCAGUGGAGCAUCGGGAAUCCCAGAUAUCAGUGGAGCAUCAGGAAUCCCAGAUAUCAGUGGAGCAUCGGGAAUCCCAGAUAUCAGUGGCCUUCCUUCCGGGGAGGUUUCAGGAAUCUCUGCUAGUGGAGAUGUAUCAGGGUUCACAGACAUCACCUUCCUUAUCUCAGAGGAAGUGAUAGAAGUGGCCACCAAACCAACGGUGUCCCAGGAGCUGGGCCAGGGGCCCCUGGAAGCAAGUGGAGAAUCAUCUGGAAUACCUCUAGCAAGUGGGGAGCCCUCAGGAGUCCCAGACAUUAGUGGAGAAGUUUCUGGAAUACCUUCCGGAGAUUUACCUGCAGUAAUUCUGAGCUCCCGCUCUCCAGACCAGGAACUUACAAGCAGUACUGGUGGUCCAGAGGAGACACUCUCAGAAAUAGGACAGGUCGUUCCUGAAGUACUCAUCACUCCACCUGUGCCCAUUGCACUGACCACUGCCCCGGCAGUGAUUGCCAUAGAGACACCGUCAGUUCUAGAGGAGACAGUCUUGGAAGAUAUUCCCGACCCCUGUGUUCCAAAUCCAUGUGGCACAGGAACAUGUGCGACCCGAGAUGGGAUCGCAUUCUGCCGAUGCCCGCCAGGACUGACCGGAGACGACUGCCAGAUGGACAUUGAUGAGUGCCACUCGGGCCCCUGCGUGAAUGGAGCUUCCUGCAUUGAUGGCAUCGACUCUUACAAAUGCUUAUGCCUUCCCAGCUACGGAGGGGACCGCUGUGAGAAGGACUUGGAGAUCUGUGAGGAAGGCUGGAUGAAGUUCCAGGGAAACUGCUACCGCCACUUCUCUGAGCGGGAGACCUGGGUGGAUGCAGAACGCCGGUGCAGAGAGAUCAGCUCCCAUCUAGUGAGCAUCAUGACCCCUGAGGAGCAGGAGUAUGUGAACAACAACGCGCAGGACUACCAGUGGAUCGGACUGAAUGACAGGACGCUGGAACGCGACUUUCGCUGGUCCGACGGACACCCCCUGCAAUUUGAGAACUGGAGGCCUAACCAACCGGAUAACUACUUCAGUGCUGGAGAGGAUUGUGUGGUGAUGAUCUGGCAUGAGAACGGGCAGUGGAAUGAUGUGCCCUGCAACUACCACCUUCCCUUCACGUGCAAGAAGGGCACCAUGUCUUGUGGAUCCCCUCCAUUGGUAGAAAAUGCCAGAAUGUUUGGAAAGAGGAGAGACCGUUACGAAGUGAACUCAAUAAUCCGGUACCAAUGCAACCACGGGUUUACACAGCGCCACCUGCCUGUGAUCCGCUGCAAGGCAGAUGGACAGUGGGAGCAGCCUCGAGUGGAGUGUAUAGAUUCCACUGCCUACAGCCGCAGACUACACAAGAGAUCAACUAGGAGUCAAACGAGACAAGCCAGCAGAUCUUGGGGAAAACUCAGAUAAAAAGGGAAAGGGGAGAUUGCUAAAGAAGAAAGAUUUUUAAAAAGAUAAUUAUUUUAAAGAACAUUUAUAUAAAAAAAGAGUCAUUUUUCUGUCUGAAAAAAAAGAGAGAUUAUAAAAUAAGAACCACCCAUCUUGUAUAUACAAACACCAAAGCGAGCUAGCCUUGAAUCUGUAGAGUCCC